AUGGGAAAUUACACCUCAUCAUGCAAGCAAGCAUGCCAAAUAGACAACAAAUACUCAAAAUCAUCAUCAUCAACAACAAAGGUUAUAUUUCCAACCGGAGAAAUCAAGAAAAUCAACCAACCCACAAAAGCAGCUGAGCUGAUGAUGGAGACACCAAAUUAUUUCAUCACAGACUCCAAAAUUAUGAGAAUUGGUAAAAGAUUUUGUCCACUGAAUGCAGACGAUGAUCUUCUUAAGGGAAAUAUUUAUGUGAUGAUUCCUAUGCAUAAAAAAAAUUAUGUUGUUUGUGCGAGUGAUCUUGGUUCUUUAUUUAUGAUAGCUGAUUCUACUGUGAAAAAGGGGUCUGGUGGUGGGAUUAAAGUUCAGCCUGGUGGUGGUACGGUGGCGGUUGGUGAUGUGGCGGUGGUGCCGAGGCUGAGUUUGGAAGGAUUGGAAGAAACUUCUGUGCCGGCGGUUAUGCGUAGAAUGUCUAUUUCGAGAUCAAGAAAGCCGUUGUUGGAAACUAUUGAUGAAGAACCGUUUCGGUCAAGACAAUGGGUUGUAUGA